AGCGCAAAUGCAACAAACUCAGCAAGCCACCGCGGCGCCUUUCUCAACUUCCACUCCUCCUCCUCACUCCACUGGUGGCUCCACGGCUGAGGCACCGCCGAAGCAGGUGGCGCUAGCAAUGGACAAGCUAGGACAAGCCGAACGAAUCAUCGCCGAUAUCAGAAUAGGCGCCGACCGCCUCCUCGAAGCUCUCUUCGUUGCCGCCGAACAGCCUCACCAAGGCAAAAAGCCUCUUCAGAUGUUCCUCAAAGAAGAUGCUUGCAUGCGUCAGUAUCUUCAAGACCUUCGAUCCCUUGGAAAGGAGCUUGAAGAGUCUGGAGUUCUCAGUGAAUCCCUUCGAUCGCGAAAAGAUUUUUGGGGCUUGCAUAUGCCGCUGGUUUGUCCAGAUGGAGCGGUGGUUGCUUAUGCUUGGAAACGACAGCUUGCGGGACAAGCCGGUGCAUCUGCCGUCGACAGGACUAGGUUAGCUCUCAAAGCCUUCACUGAUCAGAAAAGACGGUUUUUCCCCCAUCUUGAUGAUGGACUUGAAACUAAUGAAUCAGCUUCAAAGAAGCGUUGUGGUUCUGAAGGAAUUACAGUGGAUCCUAAGGAAGAAAUUAGUUUUCUUAGAACGCUUCCAGAUGUUCUAAAGUCCUUGGAAAAGGAAGUUCCAAAUUUGAAAAUUUUAACUUUUGAACGAUUGGACUGGUUAAAAAGAGCUUCCACACUUACCUCUUCAACAAAUGAGAGUUCUCUGGAACAUAACUAUCAUGCUUCUAAUAAGCUAAGGCUAGGAUCAGUGGGAACUGUUGCUGCAGAGAAAAUUGCGGUAAUAGAAUUGUCGUUCCCUUCUAUCUUCAGAGCUGUUGUAUCCUUGCAUCCUGCUGGUUCCCUUGAUCCUGAUGCUGUGGCUUUCUUUUCUCCAGACGAGAGUGGAAGCUAUGUGCAUGCAAGGGGAUUGUCUGUUCAUCAUGUGUAUAAACAUAUUACGGAAUAUGCAACGACUGCUCUGCAGUAUUUUCUUGGGAACCAAGCUGAAUCUUCUCUUUAUUCUCUUUUGCACUGGGUUUGCAGCUACCAGACUCUGUUUUCAAGACCAUGCAGCAAAUGUUCACAGCUACUUGCAAUGGAUAAACAAUCUGGUUUCUUUUUACCUCCAGUUCACCGUCCUUACUUGCAGUUGUCCUUUUCAAAAAUUUUAUCAACCAUAUCGUCGAAGGACCAGAAUUCAGAAUUUACUCAGGCUUAUCAUGUUGGCUGCCUCUCUGAGGAAGUUUGAUUGCAUCUACCAUUCAGGUAAGCCAUAUACCCAAUUAGAUGUCGAACUACAGGGAGCAAGAGUCUCCAUUGUAUUGUUGUAUGUAUAUUCCCUUUUCAUCAUGUAUAGAUAUGAGGAAGGUAGGGGUUAAUAGGUCAUUUUUUUAACUUGGAGUUAACUCAUUAAUCAUGAAUAAGUCCUGACCAUUGAUAUUUAUUAAAUCUAAGCCAUUGAUUAAUAUUUUUAUUGAAAAAACCAUAUUAUCUUAUUAUUUCAAUUUCUUAGAUUAAGAGAGAAAGAGAGAGAGAGUUUCAUGAAAAUGUUGGUAAGCUUAUCUUCUCUGUUGGAUGUGUGCGGAAUUGUUAUUUGAUUCCAAGGUAUGUUAAACGAGACCAGAACAUUUUUUCAAGUUUCGUUUGAGGGUUUUGGAAAUUUCAUUGCUUUGUGAUGUUGGAAGCCAACGAGGCUGUAAGGAGGUUCACGUGAAGUUCUUGAUGAAGAACACAAAUUUUGUCUCCUGAAGAACUCUAGUCAAACAAUUUUAACUGGAAACCACAUCUGAUGGCAAUGCAGCUAUGGCCAUUAAAUCAUGCGAGACAGAUACAGUCAAUGACCGAACAAAUAAUUUGGAGACUGCAAGCUUGACCACUGAAGCUGCUGAUUUUUCGUAUGCAGAUGACAUUGAGUGAGCAAACAUGGAUGCUUAGACAUUUGUUUCUAAAUCAAGUGUAGCCCGCGUAACCAGAGAUUUUGCAAUUGCAGUAAGAAAUGUACUUCUCCAAAUGGGUUUGUGCUUGGUGGGACCUAGAGGAGCAUACCAUGAAAUCAAAGAACAACGCAAAAUGUUCUUCUCCAAAUGGGUUUGUGCUUGCUGGGACCUAGAGGAGCAUACCUUGAAAUCAAAGAGCAGCCUUCCACACAUCCAUAGAGAAGUCGAGCUUACCAAUGCUCUGUUCGUGAAACAUGUUUCUAUUGUAACUGUUGUUGAAGUUUAAGAACUAAUUGGGACGAAGUUCUAGUUGAAGCUGUCUGUUCGCAAAAAGACAGUUUAGAGUGGGUUUAUGCACUUCUCCCAUUUUUUUUUUUUAUUUUUUUUU